AUGACGCGCAUUGAAACAUAUGAUUUAGAUCGAUUAUUUAUGAGUAAUAAAAAUGAGAUAGUACCUGCAAUAUUUGUUCGUUCCUUACAAUUCUUCGCUUCUAAAACAGCUGCUAUAAGUAAUAGCUUAACUUCCAACAAAUCUCGUUCAACACUUUUCAACCUGUCGUCCACAAGCAGUUCGGGUUCCUCUUCCUCCUCCUCUUCUCAGAGAGGAGAUAAUGGCGAAGAUAUAACUUCUGCUCAAGAUAUAGAGUAUUGGUUGCAAAGGUGCUCUAUAUGCUUUGAUGCUCAAUUGGAUUUUUGUUUAGACAUUUGUCGUGACCAAUUCUGUAGAGAAUGUUUUCAAAGAUAUGUGAAAGAAGUUGUUCAUAGUUCUUGGGGUCUUAGUAUCACUAAAAUAAAAUGUCCUUACGUAGAUCAAAAUACGGUUGACCUCUAUAAUACAUACAAUAAACCGUAUCGGUCAUUCUCUCGUUGUUGUGCUGAAUGUGGCGAAGAGGUUUUUGCUGCUCAAGUAUUUCAAAUUUGUUCCGAGGAAAAAAGAAAAUAUUUUAAAGAUAUUUCCAACCUCCUCCGUAAAUUUUUGGAAAAUUAUGGAACUGUCAAGAAUUCUAAAGGAAAAAAUCCAGUCAAUAAGAAUGAUAUAAAUAAUUUUAUCGCUAAAUUUGAAACUGAUUACUUAAUUUACAUUUCCGGAGAAAAUACCGAUACCGGAGUCGCAGAAAUGUAUGAAUACAUCACAAAAAAAAUUGGAAAAUCUCUCGGCCUGAGUUUGGAUGUAACCAAUAAACGAGCUUCAAAACUUUCGCGUCGUAAGUUAAAAACGCAUACUGAUAUGGUAAUAGCUGCGGCAGAAAUCUCUUCGAAAAUCGUUGCAUUGGAAUAUCGCCCGGAAGCAUGGAAAGAAUUGCAAUUUAUGCACGUUUCUAACUUCCCACAAUCUCGUUGCACUAAAUGUAAGAGUGAUAUUUGUCUUCAAUGUGGGGAUUCAACACAUCAUCCUGGAAUGACAUGUAUUCAAUACAUGCGUCAUAAGGUGGAAAAUCCACAUUUGUUUAUUACGAACCAACUUUUACCGCGUAUUGAUGGUAAUGAUAUGAUGGACGCACUCGAAAAUACUAAAUGGAAGCUGGCAAAUUCAAAAUCUUGCCCAAAUUGUUCAAUUUUAAUUAAUCGUGAUGAUGGAUGCAAUAAAGUUGAUUGUUUGCAUUGUGGAUAUAGAUUUUGUUGGAUUUGUAGAAAUGGCUGGUCAGAGAAAUGUGGGUUCUAUCAGUGUAGGAUUGGUAAGCAAAAGAAAGUUGGUGACAAACAAUCUUUGAAUAACCUUUUGCAGCAACAAAAUACUUUACAACUGCAAAAUCAGCAGCAAUCAGAUGAUGUAUCUCAAAUCGAUGGAUUUCAAGAUGAUGAUGUAGAAAUCGAUGUCGUUACGUUGAAUGUAUUGGCUCGAAGUUUAGAUGAUCAACCUGAGAUCGGAGUUCCAAAUGUUUUCUUGAUUCAAUCCAAGAUAGCCCCUACAACUACAAAUUAUUAG